GGGGCUGCGGUCCCAUUGACUGUUCCGUCUCCCUGACAGCAGCAUCAGCGGCGGCGCUGGAAAACAAGAAGUCGCCGCCUCGCCCCGCAGCCAAACAGCCGGCCCCGGCUCACCGAGCGAAGACCUGAGCCGCCUUCGGGGGACCCCCACCCCCCGCUUCCCCCUCCUCCUCCACCUCCUCCUCCUCUCUGCCCGGCCUGAAGGAAGGAAAAGAGGUCCUCCUCCCGCGUGUCAUCAUCCCGAGCGAGCGUGCGAGCGACCGCCGGAGACAUGGGCUCCCCGUGAAACGGAGGCGGUGGAGGGGAGAGGCGGGCGGGCGGGCGGUGGGAGGGGGGAGAAGACAGCGGAGCAGCAAGAGGGAGAAGGAGCGGCUAAAACCGGGAACCGAAGCGCCACAUCCACCGCUACCACCACCACCACCUCCUCUACUACUACUACUACUACUACCGCAGCUAGCGCCGAGCCCGCUGCCGCUGCCGCCGCCGCCCUGGGUGCCCCCCGCCACCGUCAUGGGAACUCCGCAUCAGAUGCUCCAACCGCCGCUUUGUCCGUGGGCCAUGUCGUGAUCCGUGGGCUCCGCCAGCGGGUUUUCUAUCCGUGAUCCCGACCGAGGCUAGGAGGGAAGAGGAGGAGGAAGAGGAGGAGGUGGGAGAGAGGGAAGAGGAGGGGGGGCAAGGUGGUGGUGGUGGUGGCGGCGGCGGCGGGGAAGAUGUUCGCCUCGGUGGGCCCUCGGGGCGGCCCGCGCCCACCCGUCGCCCCGGCCAUCCCGGAGCCGGACCUCAGUCACCUGACGGAGGACGAGAGGAAGAUCAUCAUGGCUGUGCUGGCUCGGCAGCGGGAGGAAGAGGCGAAAGAGGAGGCCAUAUUAAAAGAAGAAAAGCCUAUCCAAGCCCGAACAGUGAACCUGGUUGGACAGAAGAAACCCCCGCAGCAAAAUGACGUCCGAGGUAUCCAGCAGCAGUUAUCCAGCUACAGAGAGACUGUGAUCCGACAGGCCACGGCAGCGGCGGGCUCGGCCGUUCACCGGGACGAUGCGCCGACCUGUGGCAUCUGCCACAAGACCAAGUUCGCAGAUGGCUGUGGGAACCUGUGCUCGUACUGCCAGACCAAGUUCUGUGCUCGCUGUGGGGGGCGAGUGUCCCUGCGAUCCAACACGGAGGACAAAGUGGUGAUCUGGGUGUGCAAUAACUGCCGAAAGCAGCAGGAGAUUCUGACCAAGCCAGGGGAGUGGUUCACCGGGCCGCCCGGGAAGCCCGCUGGACUCGGUUCAGCCGUCAGCGAGCCGUCAGUGUGCCAAGCUCCGGGGGAUAAGAAGCUCAGAUCUCGCUCCCAAGCACCACCGGGGUCCACCACUGCAAUCUACGACCCCAACCGACCGAGCGCACCUGGGACCACACCUGGCACUGAUGCUCGGUCGCUCAGUGAACCACCACGAGACACGAGGAAUGGACGGGGUGGAGGAGCUGGUCGGGGAGAGCGGCGGCAAGGCCAGCCCAGGCUGAAGACCCAAGUCUCCAUGGAUCGGGACCUCAGGGGGGAGUCUAGGGAACGCAGGGAAAGUCGGCGUCUGACAAAGGGACGUUCUCUGGAGCACGAUCCUGUGGGAGGUGUUGGAGUAAGACGGACAGAAGAGGGGGAUUACCAUCACAUGGACCACACCGGUGCGCCCCCUCGACAAGCAGGGCCCAUCCCUCCUGGAGGCAGGGGACAUCCUGUGCCUGGGCAGGGUCGAGGCACAGGCGCAGGGGAGGUGAGGUCGGGGACGGUGCCCGACCUGGACAGAGGACGGCGGGUGGGGUAGGCGGGCUGCAUGAACAUGCUCUUUCACAGCAAGCCCC